AUGGAGAACGAAGGGGAAACACAGAAAAAUGAAAAGGUUUCAUGGAUGAACCGUUUGGGGGGUGAUUGGUUGAAAACUGACAAACAAUUGUUCCGUGGCCAUCGGUUGCAACGCCAACCAAAAACCAAAAAGGGCCGGAAAGGGAAGGGGAAGGAGGGAGAAAGCGGACAGCCGGGAAAAAUUGGCGGAGACGUAACGCAAAACCUUCACUGGCACUAA